CUGAAACCCACCCCCCAACCCCUGGCGGGAUGCCCUCUGAAUGUGUUUCCAAGCAGAAGUUGUAAGGUCAAGCAAAAUGAAUUAUCAAACAUCCACUCCAUACUAUGACAUUGAUUAUGGGACAUCAGAGCCCUGCCAGAAGGUCAAUGUGAGACAGGUCGCCGCGAGGCUCCUGCCUCCGCUCUACUCACUGGUGUUCAUCUUUGGCUUCGUGGGCAACGUGCUGGUCGUCCUCAUCCUCAUAGACUGCAAAAAGCUGAAGAGCAUGACUGAUAUCUACUUGCUCAAUUUGGCCAUCUCGGACCUGCUCUUCCUUCUCACUAUCCCGUUCUGGGCCCACUACGCUGCAGACCAGUGGUCCUUUGGAAAUAAGAUGUGCCAACUUUUGACAGGGCUCUAUUAUAUAGGCUUCUUCACUGGAAACUUCUUCAUCAUCCUCCUUACCAUGGAUAGGUACCUGGCUAUCGUCCAUGCUGUGUCUGCUUCAAAAGUCCGGACAGUCACCUUUGGGGUGGUGACAAGUGGGAUCGCCUGGGUGGUGGCCGUGCUCGCCUCUUUCCCCAGGAUCAUCUUCACCAGAUCCCAAAAAGAGGGUUCUCGUUUUACAUGCAGCCCCCAUUUCCCACCCAGUCAGUACCAUUUCUGGAAGAACUUCCAGGCGUUAAAGAUGAGUGUCUUGGGCCUGAUCCUGCCCCUGCUUGUCAUGAUCAUCGGCUACUCGGCCAUCCUCAAGACCCUGCUCCGCUGUCGAAAUGAAAAGAAGAGGCACAAGGCCGAGAGACUCAUUUUCGUGAUCAUGAUUGUUUACUUUCUUUUCUGGGCUCCCUACAACAUCGUCCUUCUCCUGAGCACCUUCCAGGAAUUCUUUGGCCUGAAUAAUUGCAAUAGCUCCAACAGGCUGGACCAAGCAAUGCAGAUUACAGAGACCCUAGGGAUGACCCACUGCUGCAUCAAUCCCAUCAUCUAUGCUUUCGUUGGGGAGAAGUUUAGAAGGUAUCUCUCCUUGUUUUUCCGAAAGCACAUUGCCAGACGCUUCUGCAAAUGCUGCCCAAUCUUCCAGGGAGAGCUCCCCGACAGAACAAGCUCAGUUUAUACUCGAUCCACUGGGGAACAGGAAAUCUCUGUCGCCUUGUGACCUGGACUAGGUUUUUGUACACAGCCUGGGGGUGGGAGUGUUGCUUUUAAAAAGGAAGUUACUGUCAUCUAGGGUCUAAGGUUCAUUCACCCAUCCGGCAUCUCUUUUAAGUAUAUUAGAUCAUUUGAAGCCAUCACUUCCAGAGAGUCAAAUUGAUAUACAUUGAUGACAUAGCAACCUUCUCAUGUCCCCACCACGCACAUCAAUUUAUUGGCAAAUCUCCCUUCAUUGCAAAAGCUCUUUAUAAAAAAAAAAAUCCUCUGAGAACUGCUGAUUCUUGAGUUUGGUUUCUUAAACAAAAAUAACAAAAUUAAUCAAGAAAUAUAUUUUAUAGUUUCAUACCUGCUCCAGGCAACAGGUUGCAAAUGGGCUUAAAGCAGGUCCUUGUCAGUCCUUGUCAUGAUGGGUUAGGAAAUAACAUCUUCUAAGUGCAAUUUGCCCUGCAAGGUGUGGUUGGUAAGUUCCACAGAUGUUCAGGACCAGGUGAGAACUGGGAAAGCUUCUUUGGUGAGAAGGGGAUCCUCUGUUGGGCAAGGGGAGGGAAACUGAGCUCCAGGUUGCAGACCCAAAACACUUGGAGUGGCUUGGCAGUGGAAGGACUGGCACUGGCUGGGCAGGGAAGGUAAGCCUGGACCAUGGGGAGCAUGCACAGCACCACUUGUCAAAGCCAGAGCAGAGAGUACCCCAGCAGCCAUUGCAGUGAGUUCAUUGCACGGCCAAAGGAUGGCCCAGAAAGGUGACAAUUUAGGACAGGGAAACCAAGAACAUGCAGGUGAGAUGAGGAGGCUUCCAUGUAGGUCCAGGCACCAGGGAUGGGAAGCAGAGAGUAUUUUCACAGCAUGUAGGGUGAGAGCGGAACUUAGGAUGGAUUUGGGUUUGAGGUAAGAGACAGAGAGGAGACAAACAGAACCUCCAGGCAUCAAGCAUGCAGACUGGAGACGCCCUAAGGAAGACUUCAAGCAUGGAAAGAGGAUGAGGUUUAGGUCAAAACCAGGAGGGGCUGGUGAAAGAGGAAGGAUCUGAUUUUGUGAGGUUGAACAUAGCCUUCUGUAGACAGAACCUGGGCUGUCUGAGUGGCUGCUCCUGCCCUCAGAGCUGUCCUUUCCAGCCCAGCUCCAACAACGGGGUGUCUCCAGGAGGCUUGGAAACACUAGAUUUAUGAAUGCGUGAGUCUGAGGUCCAGGAACAAUUGUAGGUCCAAUAUGAUUUCCAGGUGAAGGCUGACUGCAUAAUGAACUGCCAGAGCUUUAUAAGCAUUAAACUAAGAGGUCCUGACAUAGAGAAGGAAGCCCGAAUAACUACGUUUCUGGCCUCCCAGGACUCACCACGACGUACACAUUUUUUCAGUAGGCUGAGGGCAGAAGGGACAGAUUGAUUUGGAAACAGGCCGCCUCCUGCUUAAUCAGUCACAAAAAGCACAGCUUGUGGACCUUUGUGUUUCAGGCUGAGUGUGGUGGCUUUAGACACUCCUUCCAGCUGCCAUCUCCAAGACAAAUCGUCCCCAAACACUAAGGGAUACGUUCAUGUCAGAGACAGAGUCAUGACUUCAUGUUCUGCGGUUGCUACUUUUAUUGUUUGGUACCUGCCUGAGGUUGUUUUGAAGCUAGGAAAUAGCUCAGACCAUUUGGAAAAGAUUAGGUGAUGGAUCAUAAAGGAGUGAGAGUCGCUCAAGAGUUUAAGGUGUGAGAAUCAUAAGAGGCGCUGCGGACUUUCCUCAAGCUCUGAAAUACGAAAUGGGAGGGCAUGGGUGUCAAUGGGGAGCAACCAGAGGUGCUCUUAAGGUUGUUUCGAGGGUGUAAGUAUCAUAUGACCCUGGCCUCUGGGUUAACUCAAAGACAUUCUGAUAUUUUUGUGUAUGGAUAUAUAUCAUACAUGUAUGUGAUGAUCUUAUGUACAUAGAGAGUUACAAAUUGCU